AUCAAAACGCAUCCUAUUUCAUAUCCCUAAACCUAUAACCAACCUCUAUAUCUUUCUUCUCCUCAGCCGUCGUUCACAUCGCUCAUUGACAACAUGGCCGUCACAGAAGGACAACAAGUCAUGGCUCUCAUUAGCAAGCGUCUCCGCGCUCACCGCAAGAAGUACAACCGUAUUACCGAGAUGGAAGAGUCGGUUUCUCAGGGAAAAACGCUAAACAAGGAGCAAAAAGAAGCCAUCCGCUCGAAGCCAAUCGUCAUCGCCCUUAUCGAAGAACUCGAAAAGCUCCGUCUUCCUCCUUCUCCUCCUCCUUCCGCGGCUGGUUCAGAAGAGAUCAGCCUCCCCGCUAAGAAAAACAAAAAGAAAAAGGAACGUAAGGAGGUAGCCGAGGAGAAAGACGUGACCCUCAAGGAGGAUAUCGAGGAGUGCAAGAUCUCUGAUGGUCUUGAUGCUGGUGAGGUUACGAAGGAUGAUGUUUCUCCGUGUAGCGUAAGCUCACAAGAUGGGACGUCGUCACCACCCCCAGCGAGUAGUGGAAAGCCACGACGUAAACGGAAGGCGAAGAAACCUCUGACUUCGAACUGAUCGUGUCUCCAACUUUUGUACGAAGCGGAAGUCAGUGCAAAUAUAAGUGCCAUGAAUUGCUUUGGUCACAAUCCUUGGCAGUUUCCUUUUAGUAUUCUUCCGCUCGUUCACAAGAGCUUUUUUUUUUUCGUUUGAGCUUUCUUUCUUUCUACUAUUUUUGGUAUUGUUUGGUCACCUUGAGUUUUUUGAUUCCUAUGAAAGUCGAUUAAUAUUUUGCUAA